GAAGGCAGUUGGUGCAGCUUGUGUGUGAUUCCUAACGUCAUGUUGGCUGAGAGCCAGCCUGGUUUUAUUUCACUGUGUCAAAUUGUACCUCCUUAUUGAAUUCCUUUGCCAGCCUACUUUGUGAAAGAAAACAUUGGGGUUUCUUUGGCUGUUCUUGAUAAGCCUAUAAAAAAUGAUAUUUUUUAGUUGCUUAUAGUUGCUGAAGUAAAGGAACCCUGCAGCCUUCCCAUGCUAUCUGUUGACAUGGAAAACAAGGAAAAUGGCUCUGUCGGUGUAAAAAAUUCCAUGGAAAAUGGGAGACCACCUGAUCCUGCAGACUGGGCCGUGAUGGAUGUUGUCAAUUAUUUCCGAACCGUGGGAUUUGAAGAGCAAGCUAGUGCUUUUCAGGAACAGGAAAUUGAUGGAAAAUCCCUGCUAUUGAUGACAAGAAAUGAUGUGUUGACAGGACUUCAGUUAAAAUUGGGGCCUGCUCUGAAAAUCUACGAAUAUCAUGUAAAACCUCUGCAGACAAAGCAUUUAAAGAACAACUCUUCAUAGUACAGUCAAAUUGAGGUCUUCGACCUCAAAAAGUACAUAAUGACAUAAUUUAGUUUCAUGUAAUGAAACUUUGUAAACAGAAUACAUACAUGUGUAUAUGUAAAGAAUUUCAAUCAAAUGAAACGUUAUCCUAUUGGAUAGACCAGGCAAUUCAUCAGCUCACCUGAAAUCAGCCAGGAGGAGCAAGGACAAGAUGCGCACAGGGUGGUUUUCCUCAUGGAUUUUGCCAAAUAGAAUGAUCUUUGACACGAUUAGACACUCCUCCCCACAAAGGCUUUGAAAUCAUAAGGAUUUUCCUCAUCUCUUUAUAGAUUGCUUUCCCAAAAUCUUUUAAAAAAGAAUUUAAUUGAAUGACAGUCUUUUGGUUACAGACUUAAGAUGAGUAAAACAAGAAAAUUUGGGGAGGGGGAGAAAGAAGAAAGGGAUUGCUGUCUCCCUUGAAUUCCUCUGCUCCUUAGAGCUUGUGUUACUUGGAUGGAAUUGCCGACACCCUUUUUUAUAGAGGGUUCUCCACUUGACCUUAUUAAGGUUUUAUUGGGAUAUGCUGCAGUGUUUGAAAUGAACAUGCAUCAUGGCCCCUUCAGGAGCAGAAUCAUAGCUCUGAAAAGAGAAGCGCCAUUGUGUACUGAGGAUACCCAUCCAUAUUCAGCUAGCUUUCAAAUGGGGUAAUGAUAUUUUCUGCAUAGAUUUUCUUUUACAUUGGUUCUUUGUUUCUGAAGAAAGGAUUUUUUUUAACUUCAUGGUUUUAUUUAUAAUAAUUUGUUUUUGAAGAAAUUUGCCGAGAGUUACAGGUCAAAAAGCCUUGUUACUAGUACAGAAUAUUUUUAUAUAUAUUCCUUCAUGAUGGUGUAAUUUUUUUUAAUUGUCCUAUGCUUUGUUCAGUUCCUGGGUUAAGUACUUGUUUUUAAGAGCUUGGAAAAAGUGGGCUUGCUACAUCUCUGUUCAAAGAGACAUUUGUUCAAUCUCUGUGUGUCAACGCCUUGUUGAAUUGGUGCUUUGUGGUUGCAAUAAAGCAUUGCUUCAGUUUA